GUGCAACUUGUUAACGAGCGGAGAUAGUCGUUCCCUUCCUGUAAGCUACAGAUAAUUAUAUUGUAGCUGGAUAACUAGUUAAAAUCGGAUACAAUGUGUCACUGCGCCUUAUAGUUUAUGGUGUGGUUUACAUUGUAGCAUUCAACAAAACAAUUGUGUUCUGGAUGCGCAAUGUAUUAUUUAGGUACAAUAGACGGCCAGCGACACUCCCUAAGAGAAGUCUAGACGGCUAACUUAAUAGCUUCAGGGAGCAACAUUUUACAACAGAAACGGAUGUCGUAGUUAUGUUAUCCCACAUAUAGCUUGUUGGUGUUAUUAUUCAAGGCUCUGAACUUACAUAUAGCCCACUAACAACUUGAGCAUCUUUAUGUUUUGAAGCCUUAUGGCAUUUUCCCACGGACUCAAAAGCAUCUCAGACAUUUGGCUCAUUGUUCCACCAAUAAAAGAAAAAGUCUCUCAGCGGGUGUGUAAAGCAGGCUAGGCAACUUUAUACUGUAUUUUACGUUUUGCUUUGCUCAGCAGUCUAUGGUUGUGUCAGCAUAUGCAUCAACACAUUUUCCACCAUGAAGUUUUUUUCUCUCCCCAGGACAAGCACAGAAGCAUGGGAAUAUAAUAUGAUGAUGUUAUGUGGAUAUUCUUCUAGUCUGACCUUUUUUGGUAGCUGUGUUCUCAUGGGUCACAUGUCAUACAGGUCCCGCACUUGUUUUCUCAAACAAUGGUAGGAAAAGGGUCACUAAUGUUUCCUUCACUAGGACCUCUCCUAUGUGGAGUUCAGAUCUGCCUCGGCAGGUUCCCGCACUAUGGUCUAUACCCACACGCUUGUAAACUGCAGUAUACAUCUCUAUCCUAGAUUACAGUGUAUCUGCCUCUAUUGCAAUUUCUUUCCCCAUCUCUUUCUCUGUCUCUCUUUUUUUCUCCCUCUUUCCACAGAGUUUGGGUUGUGCUGUGAGGUAAGCCAAGGCGACUCUCCCAUGUGUUUCUGUGGGACUGACUAUGCUGCUGUUGGUAGCACUGGUCAUGGUCUGUACUUACACUGUGGUAGCUGCCGAGGAGGCUGAGAACACCAGCCACAAACCACCACUCCACUACAGCAGCCUCGCGUUGCCACAGCACCAUAUCCCCUACUUCCUCCACACUAACAAGAGAGUGGCCAGGCUUUGUCGAGAGGACCCGCUCUGCCCUUUUAAAGAUGCUCUGCCGGAUGUGUCGUCCUGCUGGGGGUAUGAGAAGAACUGUGCCCCAGAGAACCGCUUUGGCUAUCCUGUCUGCACCAAGAUCGACUCUGGAUGGGCUAGCUCAGUGGAGGCAGCCCAGGAGCUGUUCUGGAAACAGGCAGACUUUGGUUAUGUCAUGGAGCGCCUCAGUGAGAUGAAGACCCUCUGCAAGGCCACCAAUCCUGGAGAUUCAUCUUUGAAAUGCUCCAGCCACACUCGCUUCUGCAGGGCGACCAAUCUGUACCUGGACCUGAGGAACCCUCGCAGGGGUCAUGAGAGGUAUAAGGAGGACUUUCUCCAGGAGGGGGAGAUUGGGGGGCGUUGCAGUCUGAACAGCCGAGCGCUGGCCGCAGAAGGAGAGCACAAGAGCCCUCUGCAGUCCUGGUAUGCUGAACUGCAGGCAUACACAGAGCUGGACUUCAACCCCACAGAUGAAGAGCACUGUGACAUCAUCAUUGAGAAACCUACUGUAUUCAUGAAGCUUGACGCAGGGGUGAACAUGUACCAUCAUUUCUGUGACUUUGUCAACCUGUACAUUUCCCAGCACAUCAACAACUCCUUCAGCAGAAACAUCAAUAUCCUCAUGUGGGAUACGAGUUUUAGUGGAUAUGGGGAUCUGUUCAGUGAGACAUGGAAGGCUUUCUCUGACUAUGACAUCAUCCAUCUGAAAACAUUUGACACUAAAAGGGUGUGCUUCAAAGAUUCCGUGUUCUCCCUGCUCCCCAGGAUGAGAUAUGGGCUGUUCUAUAACACACCUUUGAUAUCUGACUGCUACAGUGAAGGGAUGUUCAGGGCCUUCUCCCAGCAUGUUCUAUAUCGACUCAGCGUUCCACAGGAUGGACCCAUGGAGGGGAGGAUUCGGGUGACGUUGUUGGCACGCAGCACAGACUACCGUAAGAUAUUGAACCAGCAGGAGCUCACAAACGCCCUGAAGACUGUGCCUCUACUUGAGGUCAGAGUGGUGGAUUACAAAUACAAGGACGUUCCGUUCCUGGAGCAGCUCAGCAUUACCCACAACUCUGACAUCUUCAUCGGGAUUCACGGGGCAGGACUUACUCAUCUGCUCUUCCUUCCUGAUUGGGCCGUCAUCUUUGAGCUAUAUAACUGUCAGGAUGAAAGCUGCUAUCGAGAUCUGGCUCGGCUACGCGGGAUCCGAUAUGUGACUUGGCAGAAAAGGGACAAAGUGCUCCCAGAAGAUAAGGGUCACCAUCCCACCCUGGGGGAUCAUCCUAAGUUUACCAACUACUCCUUUGACGUGAAGGAGUUCAUGCGUCUGGUGCUGGAAGCAGCAGACUACGUCCUGCACCACCCCAAGUGGCAGCCCCCACCCAGCCAUGAUGAACUGUAAGACUGCAGCCCCCACCCAGCCAUGAUGAACUGUAAGCCUGCAGCCCCCACCCAGCCAUGAUGAACUGUAAGCCUGCAGCCCCCACCCAGCCAUGAUGAACUGUAAGCCUGCAGCCCCCACCCAGCCAUGAUGAACUGUAAGCCUGCAGCCCCCACCCAGCCAUGAUGAACUGUAAGCCUGCAGCCCCCACCCAGCCAUGAUGAACUGUAAGCCUGCAGCCCCCACCCAGCCAUGAUGAACUGUAAGCCUGCACCACCCCAAGUGGUAGCCCCCACCCAGCCAUGAUGAACUAAGCCUGCACCACCCCAAGUGGUAGCCACCACCCAGCCAUGAUGAACUAAGCCUGCACCACCCCAAGUGGUAGCCCCCACCCAGCCAUGAUGAACUGUAAGCCUGCAGCCCCCACCCAGCCAUGAUGAACUGUAAGCCUGCAGCCCCCACCCAGCCAUGAUGAACUGUAAGCCUGCAGCCCCCACCCAGCCAUGAUGAACUGUAAGCCUGCAGCCCCCACCCAGCCAUGAUGAACUGUAAGCCUGCAGCCCCCACCCAGCCAUGAUGAACUGUAAGCCUGCAGCCCCCACCCAGCCAUGAUGAACUGUAAGCCUGCAGCCCCCACCCAGCCAUGAUGAACUGUAAGCCUGCAGCCCCCACCCAGCCAUGAUGAACUGUAAGCCUGCAGCACGAGGACAGUUUGGUGAAGUCAAACACACGACUGAAACACAGUCGUCUUAUAAAUCUAAAAGUAUGUUUAAUUCUAGUUCUUGUAUAUUAUGAAGGUUAAGUUUAAGUUCACAACAUCACUUUUCAGCUAUUUGUUAUUUCAUUUUUUUCUGCAGUGAGUCUUUAACACAGCCUUCUAGGCCAACACAGCCCAAGGUGCAUCUCAGUAGCGAUAAUAAAGAGAAAUGCAAUGGCCUUGGCAAACUUAGAGUACCUGCUACCAUUUUCCUUGUUAGAGAACAGUAUAUGUGCUAUACAUACACUCCUUACAACAAAUGACUAUUUCUAUUACAAGCUGCCACUGGUGCUUGCCGUAAUGAUCAUUUGUUUACUUUCUAAAACAAUGGGUUUAUUUUCUGCAUUUUCUGAUUAAAGUGGUGUGUUGUAGACAGACAGGGAUGGAACUUUCAACAUGUUGUAAAUGUGCCCAUUUUAUCAACCCCGCAGAAUUGUCUUUGCAACUAUUUUGUCGUCACUACAUAUAGUCAACUUCCAGGAAAGGGAAAACACAAGUGAUAUAAUCAAUCUAAAGCUGGAUGUUUUAUUUAUAAGUGAAAGGGAGUCAGACCUUUUGGUCAAUGUUUUGGAAAGUCUUGUAAGUCAUGUUAUAUUUCAAAGCCAUGGAAAUAUUUUGAAAUAAACAUUUUCAAAAGUG